AUGUCAAACAUCGGCAAUAUCUUCAUUAUCGGCCCGACUGGCGCUGGAAAAACCACGGUCGGUCGGCGGGUCGCUCGUCGAUUCGGGCUGGAGUUCUUUGACCUGGACCAAGAGAUCGAACGACGCACCGGUGCUGAUAUUCCUUUGAUCUUUGAUAUUGAAGGCGAGACGGGUUUUCGCAAACGCGAAGCAGCUUUGCUUGACGAGUUGACGCGGCGCAACGAGGUGCUGUUGGCGACAGGCGGCGGGGCCGUCCUUAACCCCACCAGCCGCCAACACCUGCGCAAUCGAGGGCUGGUGCUUUACCUGCAAACAUCGAUUGAUCGGCAGCUCGACCGACGAAUUGAUAUCGAGCUGGGCGCACGCAGCUACCCCAUUCAGAUAGGCGCAGGCCUGAUAGAACAGUCGGAACUGCUCACAGAGCAAUUGGCUGGAAAACAAGUUUUGGUUGUUUCCAACACGGUCGUCGCACCAUUGUAUCUGGACCAGCUACUGACCAAUGUGCGCCGCGCAACAGGGAUUGAACAGCAGGUGGAGACCUUAACGCUACCAGAUGGGGAAACGCACAAAGACGUUGCUCACUGGCAGUUGGUUAUGGAUCGAUUGGUCGAUAUGAAUGCGUUGCGCGACGUCACGCUUAUCGCGCUAGGCGGUGGUGUCAUCGGCGACCUCACCGGCUUCGCCGCAUCGUGCUACAUGCGUGGUGUCGACUUCGUCCAAAUUCCCACAACACUGUUGGCCCAGGUCGACGCGGCAGUCGGCGGCAAGACUGCCGUCAACCAUCCCCAGGGGAAAAACCUGAUCGGCGCUUUUCACCAGCCGCGUCUGGUCGUUAUCGACACCAAUACUCUGCAUAGUCUACCCGAUCGCGAAUUCAGAUCAGGGCUGGCCGAAGUGCUGAAAUAUGGCCUGAUUUGCGACCAUGAGUUCUUUGAGUGGCUGACUGACCACCGUCAGGCUCUAUUAGGCCACGAGGCCGAUGCGCUACGUCAGGCGAUCGAAAAGAGCUGUCUCCACAAAGCUGAAAUCGUAGCAACCGACGAAUUCGAAAGUGGAACACGGGCGCUGUUAAACCUGGGACACACAUUCGGCCACGCAAUAGAAGCUGCCAGCGGUUAUGGACAAGUGUUACACGGGGAAGCGGUGGCCAUCGGGUGUUGCCUGGCGGUUGACUUAUCAGUCCAACUCGGUCAACUGCGCCAAACUGAUGCCGAUCGCAUCGAGCAAGCGUUCCAGCAGUUCGGCUUACCCACAAAAGUUCCAUCGACUCUUGACGUCGAUCAGAUCACUGAUCUGAUGACGCUCGACAAAAGACGCGAAGGAAAAAUUCGUCUCAUACUGCUACACGGUUUAGGCAGCGCUAAGGUGCAAACCGCGCCGCACCGAGCUGUCUUGCGCAAGCUGAUUGAAGCACGCAUGGGCAGGUAG